GUCGAUAGUGAAGGGGUUAAAGGCGCGAGACGGCUUAUGAUUGGUCGGCGAGUCCUCAGCCUGACCCUGGUAUAUAACAGUGUAGGAGAAAUUCUUGAACCGUCUCGCGAUGAAGAGCCUUGGGAGCUCACGAAAGGACACUUAAACAUCAAUAUAUUUUGAUGAGGAAAAUGAAGUCAAAAUGGAGCGGAGUAGGACGGGAUCCCUGAGGGUCAGAUGGAUCCACUCUUCAGCGGAAAGGUCACAGAACUCGACUGGAUCCAGAGUUUAUGAGACCAACAUGAGGCUGCUGCGACAGCGGGCAUCGCACAGGUAUCGAGUGGUCCUUCUGGUCGGUUUAGCCUUGGCUUGUCUGGUGAUGGCAUCUCUGAUGCUAAUUGGCACGGGACCGAGUAAACCUGUGGAGUGGCAACAUGUCAGUGCUGAGCACAAACAGAAAGUGCACGAGUACGUGCACAAGGUUCUGGAGGGAGAGUGUCGCCCCAGAGGCUCCAGGCAGAAGCUGCUGGCUUUACUUCCUGCCUCCAGUCAAGCGACGCAGCCUUUCCUGUGGAGAGAGAAGGUCUUCCCCGACAACCUCUUCCAGUACCCUCCGCCGUUUGGCUUCAGAGGGCUGGAGGGUAAAGUGGAAGACCUUCUUGAUCAGCUACCAGCUGAGUCAGAACCAGAGGAGUCGGCGGGAAAAUGUCGCCGUUGCGUGGUCGUGGGAAACGGCGGCGUCCUUAAAGGCCUGGAGCUCGGUCCUCUGAUCAACCGCUUUGACACAAUCAUCAGGUUAAACAGUGGACCUCUGGGGAAGUUUGUCGCUGACGUGGGGAAUCGAACCAGCUUCAGGAUGAGUUACCCGGAGGGCACGCCCAUCCACUGGGGGGACACGGACCCGCACACUCUGUUCGUAGCGGUGGUGUAUAAAAGCGUUGACCUCAGCUGGAUUUCUGCUAUGGUCAACAAGCUCGCCGUGCCUCUGUGGGACUGGUUGUUCUUCUGGCAGAAGGUUCCAAAAGAAAUCCCUCUGGAUCCUCAGAGGUUCCGACUGCUGAACCCGCUGGUCAUCAAAGAGACGGCUCUGGAUCUCCUGAAGUAUCCACUCCCUAGACCUCUGCUGUGGGGCUGGGACCAGAAUGUGCCCACUCUGGGAGUGUCAGCCCUGAAUUUAGCGAGCUUGCUUUGUGACGAGGUCAGCUUGGCCGGUUUUGGCUACAACCUGCCCCACCAGAAUGUCCCGCUCCAUUACUACGACCACCAGUCCAUAGGCGUCAUGCAGAAGCAAACCAUGCAUAAUGUGGACACAGAGACUCAGUUUCUACAGAACCUGGUUAAAGAGCACACCAUCACUGACCUGACGGGAGGAAUCCACUGCAGCUUCUGCUCAAGCUGACCCCGCCCACUCCCCACUGCCUCCACCGCCAAGCUGACGUUUACUCUUUAAUUAAUUUUGUAUCCCACUCUGUAUAUUUAUCUUUUUUAACCUUUUUCACCAAGAUUAAAAAAAAAACUUUAUUUUACUUUCUGCAAACAUUCUUGAAGGAAUCUGGUAUAAAUGAUGGAGCAGAAAGAAAAUAAAGUCCACAUCAGAAAUGCACACUUUUUUAUAUUACUGUAUCAUGUACCAUACAUGUCUGAUAUUCAAUAUGCCGUCUAAAUUAUGUUUUAUCUUUAUUCUCUGAAUGUAAAGAUCUAUGAGCCAAGCUACAUUUCAGCUUACAUCAAGCGCAAAAGAAUUUACAUUUUAAUAUUUUAAACAAGCAUGUUGUUAACUACAGAAAAUGAAUUCAGUUAAAUAGGAGGAAACCGUAAACAAAACACUGUUCUUGUUUGUUUAACAUUUCGGUUGAGUUUGCAAUUAUUGAAGUGAUCAAACUUGAUCCUUAGUUUUUAUUUAUACCUGGUUAAUUUGUUUUUAUUAAUGUACUACUAUUUAUACAGUGCUGACAAAAUUAUUCAUAUUUCAGGCCUGUGAGUAAUUUUGAAUAGUACUCUGCAUCUUGGUUGGCUAUUAUUGUUGUUUUAUACAAUGUGUUAUUUGCAGCUAAAUUUGUAUAUAAUUGUUUCCAAAAUGAGUCAUCUGUGAAAGUCGUAUGAUUUCAAAAAAUACUGAAGUGUGUCAUUUAUUUUUAUUUGAUAAUUGAAGUUAUAAUUGCAGGAACUGUUACUGUUUUAUUUUAUUUAUUUUUUUUUUUUUGCAUUUAUGUUGUACUAAUAAACAGUAAAAUAACAAUGA